GCAAGCGCAGCACACCAGAAGCUGCAGAUGAGGAGGACUCUGCGAAGCUUCGACGGGGUAGUGAUUUCGCCGAGGAUGCCUAUGGAGAACUUUGCGAGGUCGAAGAUGACGAGGAUCCCCAACCUCCCCAGCCAUCGUCCAGCAGCCGACGCGGAGCCAAGGUGUCCCUCGAGAAGCUCAGAGACAUCAGACAUGGAGCUCAUGCGAUCCUUUCGGUGGACUUCGCGCCAAGCUCUGCAGCAGUGGACUCUCGCGGUCAAAAGGCGUGGAAGCUGAUCACUGCCGGCCAAGAUGGCAAGGUGAAGGUUUGGUCCGUGGCAAUGACUCAGCCCUCCGCGCUUCCACGUCUCCUGGUGACCAUGAGACACGAGGCCCCGGUCGCUUGCGCGCGCUGGUCUCCUGACGCGAUGAUGAUCGCCUCUUGCGAUGCCGAGGCGACACUCAUGGUCUGGGCGCGUGGCCCAGGCCACGGCAAUGUUGAGGUGGCGGCGGCGCAACCGGGCGAAGUGGCGGAGUACUGGCAUCGGAAGUGUUUCUUGCCUGGCCAUGAGGGCGAGAUUUGUGACGUUUCCUGGCAUCCGAAUCUUCACCCUGACUUUACACUGGCCUCGUGCUCACACGAUGGGACGAUCCGCUUGUGGAGCCUCCCCGCUGGCGAGCUGUGCACCGUGCUCCGUCUUCCCGGGGAAAGCGCUGGCUACGUCAAAGGUGUUGCCUUCGAUCCGCUGGGUAGGUAUCUGGCCACAAUGAGCGAUGGGACGGGUGCCGCCAGCCGACCCCAUGCCACGCUCUUCGAAUGCCCGGAUGCUGUGGGCGCCGGUCGCUCCGCCGACGGCUGGCGGCUCGUACCCCUGAGCCAGGAGCCCUGGGCGAAGCCAGGUCCGCUCAUGGCCGCGGUGAACUUUCGCCGGCCGAGCUGGGAUCCACUGGGGCAAUCUGUGGUCUUCCCAUUCGGGGAAAGGAAGAAUUGUGAGAUCAGCACUGCCCGGUUCUAUGCUGCACUCUUCGCUGAGCCGUGGAAGGCUCCGAAGCUGUACCGCGGGCACAAGAGCCAGAUCUCCGUGGUUCAGUUUUCCCCUGCAGUGCAUGGCAACAGCCAGAACCCAGAGAAUGCCGCCGUGGUUCUGGCCCUUGCCGGAACGGACGGAGUCCUGUCCAUUUGGAUCUCAAGCCUUCCUGUGCCGAUUCUGGUGUGGAAGGAUUUGGUCGAUGAGAAUUGCUUCAUCACCGACCUAUCUUGGACACCCGAUGGGUCCGUCCUGUGCUUCUCCUCCAGCGGUGGUGGAGUCGGUGCGCUUCUCCUCGCUUUCGACCAGCUGCCGCUUCCGGAGGGCACAUGGUCCUUGGACGAGCUUCGUUUGUGGCGUUGCCGUCAGUAUGUGCAAGUGGUCCAACCCAGCGCCGAUCUCCCGAAAGACGCCAGCGCACUGGUGGGCGGCAGUGCUCGCGAAGAGACGGCACCCGAUGACAUGGAUCCCGAUGAGGACUUGGUCGCCACUCUCCAAGGCUUGCCGGCAUGGGAUACGGCCAAAGCGAGCAAAGCUUCCUCUGCGGCUCGAGUUCUCGACGUGGACAGCUGCAUCGAGAAGAGGAAGCUGCUCAAAUCCUGGCUGGCACCUGUCAUGCCGCAGCUGACGGCGCUGUCGCCGCCGCGCACCGCGUGGUUUGUUCAGGAGGAUGGCGGCAACGGCGCUUUGCUCGCCUAUCAACGAACCCUGGACAUCGAAUCGAUUCCUGGAGUUGAUGGGCUGCUUUGCCGCAUUUCGCUGCGGGAGGAGCAUGCAGCCAAGCACCGCGCUUCCCGCAGCCAGCUCCGGUGGCGGGUCUCCCUGGCCAAGCGUGUGCUCUGUGCGAAGGUCCAAGGUGCAUUCGUGGCGCUCGUUACAAGCUCUUCUACGGAUCUGGGCCCCUGGGAGCUCCAGGUGCUCAAUGCCCAGACUGGCCUGGAUUUCCUUGAACCCGUGUGUCUGGGGAAUGCCCCGGCACGGUUAGAGCUCUUCGAAGCUGGCGCUUUCCUGGUGCUCGUGGAAACCGACGCCACGCUGUCAUUGUGGCAACUGGCAUCGCCAGACACGUCUCGGAUCUUGCUCCGUUGUUCGAUACCGCGUCCUUUCCACAAUGCUUCUGACAUGGGCCUGAUCCGCUCCUCCUUAGCGAGAGCGCCCUACCUUAGAAAAGGUCGCAAGAGCGCCGUUUACCAGGCAGAUCUUGCCUGCUGGAUGGAGCUUCCAUGGAGGGAGCUUCAGAAGCGGCUGCAUGCAUCCGAGGUGAACACACCGAUGCAGCUGGACCUUUCAGGCCUGCUCGAACUCCCCAUGGCCGAGCUGUCAGCGGAGCUCGCCGCCCAGCGCUCCUUUCCGACCUCAUUGCCUGCCUUGCUUGGUGUGUUGUCUGAGUUGGGAAUAUAUGCAGCCGAGGAGGGCCUGCCGGGGCUACUCAAAGAGAUCCAGACUGCCCUGGGUGAGGUCUCGAGGUCUUCAGCAACUUCCGAAGAUCUGACAGGGCCGAUUGCCUGCCUAAGCGAGUCCCUUCGCCAAGCGACACGUGAGCACGCCAAGGCAGACGGCGACGAGGAUGGCGCAAAGCUUGUCGAGAAGGCUGCAUCGCAGCUGGAGGCUCAGCUCCGCUCCGUGGAGUCUACGCUCGCGUGGAAAGCGGAUCAGACGGCCCUGGAGGAGCACAUGCGCAAUGCAGAGAUGACCGGGAAGAUCGCCGAGGGCAAGGCGGACCAAAGCUCUGUAAACCGCGCCCUGGCCACGAUGCAGAAGUUGCAGGGCCAGGUGUCCCAGCUGGAGAAGCUUGUCCAGGAGGCACAGGGUCGCCUCCAGAAGUUGGAGAUGCACAACCUGCCUGGACAUGCUCAGCGUAUGUCUGAUCAGCUCAGCAAGACGCGAACACAGAUCCAGAAGCUGCAGGAAAUUCUCGCAGCCAAAGUGGACAGCCGAGAUCUUGAGGCGCUGACAACUGCGACCAAGGAGCUGCAGACGGCCGUCGCCCUGAAGGUGGGUCCUCAGUCGAUACAGGAGCUCCGUGGAGCGCUAAGAGAUCUGCAGCUCAAGUUAGAUCUGAAAGUGGAUUCGCCGGCUGUCGACGAUGUCCGAUCAGCGCUUCACAAGGCGCUGUCCCAGGUCGCAGAAAAAGCAGACUCGCAGGACUUGCGGGAAACCGCCUCGUCCAUCCAAAGCCUGAGGGCGAACAUCGAUGGCAAGGCGGACUUCGCUAUUUUGAGCGAGCUCCGGGUUCGGAUUCAGGCGCUGGAGUCCGCACUGGUGCAGAAGACCGAAGCCAAGGACAUCCCAGAUGUUGCUUCCAUCAAGGACAGCUUGGCAUCGAAGGCCGAGAAGCGGCAGGUGGCCGAAGUAGCAGCGGCCAUGGAACGGCAUCAGCAGCAGCUUCACUUCAGCCUUGAGAACGAUCGCGCUUCCCUUCGGCGUGAGUGGGAGGCCAAAGUGGAGAAGAUGGACCUUCUUGAGCAGAACUUGGAGAGUGUCCUCGUGGUCGUGGAGGGUUUACAGCAGAAGGCGGAUGCGACUCCUUGCCGCGGUGAGCUGUCGCCUUGUCGCAGCGACUCGCCUCCUCCGGGACCCGGUGGGGAGGCUCUCACUGCGAAGACCGACCAGCUGGAACACUCCAUACGUCAGGUGCUCCACUCCUUGGAUAGCAAAGCCAGCCGGGAAGAGCUCGAGGAGCAGCUCGCUCUGUCGGCCGAGUUGGCGGGACAACACCAGGCCGUUGCCACGAAGAUCACCUCUUUGGAGGUGGACCUUCGGUCGGUCCUGGAUCUUGUGAAGCACAAGGUUGAUCGCGGGGAGAUUGAGGAGCUUCUGUCUGCCGCCGCGGAGGCCGCCGCCGAAGGCAUCUCCGAGUCGCUUGGCGGCCCCGCCGCCCCAGGUUCCAGCCCGGAGCCCGGGAGUGGCGGCGGGACAUGGAAGGAGCCUGUUGCGACGAGCGCCGAGGAGUUGCCAAACAUGGACUACGUUCGCAUGACCACAAAUGGUACCUACACAUCGGAGCUCUCCCUGGAGGAUGCGCCGACCAGCGCGGCUGACAAAAUUUCCAUGGUGGGCAAUAAUUUUUCCGCCGCGACGAAAAGUCCGGACAGUACUGGCAGCGGCCACACCACUCCGAGAAUGAAGGGCUCUGCCUCGGCUCCCUCGGCGGCUGGCCUCAUUGCAUCCCUGACCGGAUCCCUCACGCGUCCGCGAUCGGGCUCCCUUGGACGUUCAAGCGGAGGAGCAUCCUCCUCGGCAGUCGCGGGUGCGGUGCGUGCAGGUGCUUCCGUGUACCCGGCCAAGGGAACGCGCGUUUCCAGGAGCGGCUGGAGAUAG